GCAUUAGAAUACGACCAAACCACGGCUUUCGUGGAAGCGAAGUGAAUGGAGUUCACCAAUUGCACUGCCGCUUCCCUCCCUCCAACUAUCCACCAUCUUUUUUCUCUCCCCCCAAACUCUCUCAGAACCCAUCAAAGCCACUGCUAUGCUCUCAAGACCAAAGCAUCACCACCGACCCAUCGCGUUCCGCAGAAACAUUUCAGCAAGAGAAAAACGAAAGUGCAAACGCCAUCGGAAUUCUCGGACCAGGACGCUUUCCCAAACUCGAUGCCUAUUCACACCAAAAACCCACAUUCUAUUUACAAAGAUAUACAGAAACUCGCCCGCGACAACAAGCUCAAAGAAGCCCUUACUAUCCUCGAUUACUUGGACCUUCGCUGUAUUCCUGUAAACGUCACCACCUUCAAUUCCAUUAUCCAGGCCUGCAUCCGGAUGAAGUCCACGAGCGAAGCCAAGGCUGUGCACGAGCAUAUUAGGAGAAAUGGGCUUGACAAGAAUGAGUUUUUGCAGACAAAGCUUGUCCACAUGCUCACUGCAUGUGGGGCAGUUGAGGAUGCAGAGAGGGUGCUCGAUGGAUUGCCUGUUACAAGUGUUUACAACUGGAAUGCGUUGCUUAGAGGAACUGUGGUGCUGGGUGGCCGUAAAUAUCAGGAGGUAUUAGAAAUGUUUUCUGAAAUGAGGGGUUUGGGAGUAGAAUUGAAUGGGUAUAGUUUCUCCUGUUUGAUCAAGAGUCUUGCUGGGGCCUCUGCACUUCUACACGGUUUGAAAGUUCAUGGGCUUCUGGUGAAGAAUGGCUUUCUCUGUAGUAAUGUAAUUAGAACUAGCCUGAUGGAUAUGUAUUUCAAAUGUGGGAAGAUUAAGCUUGCACGUCGUAUUUUUGAUGAGAUCGAAAAUAGGGACGUCGUAGCUUGGGGUGCCAUGAUUGCGGGUUUUGCUCAUAAUAGACGUCGAUGGGAGGCGUUGGAGUCUACAAGACUGAUGAUGAAAGAAGGGAUGAAAGUGAAUUCUGUUAUCCUGACUUCAAUUCUUCCAGUAAUAGGAGAAGUAUGGGCAAGGAGAAUUGGCCAGGAGGCACAUGCUUAUGUAAUUAAGGUAAACGAGUACAACAAGCAACUGUUUAUUCAGUCUGCCCUGAUUGAUAUGUACUGCAAGUGUGGAGAUCUGAGCUCAGGAAGGAAGGUGUUUUAUAGUUCAAAGGAGAGAAAUGCAAUCUCCUGGACUGCUUUGUUGUCUGGUUAUGUGACAAAUGGGAGGUUGGAUCAAGCUUUACGUUCUAUUACUUGGAUGCAACAGGAAGGCUUUAAGCCUGAUCUUGUUACCAUUGCUACAGCCCUUCCAGUGUGUGGGGAACUGAAGGCUUUGGUGCAAGGGAAGGAAAUUCAUUGUUAUGCUCUGAAAAAUGGCAUUUUGCCCAAUAUUCCUGUUGCUACUUCCCUGAUCAUAGCAUAUGCAAGGUGUGGUCUGCUUGAGUAUUCACUGAGAGUGUUUGAAGGGAUGAAAAAACGGAAUGUUCUAACAUGGACAGCCAUGAUAGAAUCCUACAUAGAAGCUGGAUGCCUGCACGAAGCACUUUCUGUUUUCCGGGCUAUGCAGUUGUCAAAUCACAGACCAGACUCAGUUGCAAUAGGAAGAACGUUGAAAGUAUGCGGUGAACUUAGAAAUCUGAAACUUGGUAGAGAAAUGCAUGGGCAAGUUCUGAAGAAAGAUCUUGACCGUUCCCCAUAUGUUUUGGCAGAAAUAAUUAAAAUGUAUGGCAGCUGUAGUGCAAUUGAUAAAGCCAGAUAUUUUUUUGACGCAGUAGUGGAUAAAGGAUCACUGACAUGGACUUCUAUCAUCGAGGCUUAUAGAUUCAAUAACCAAUAUGUGGAAGCACUAGAGACUUUUAAGCUGAUGAUCUCGAAGGGCUUUUCUCCAAACGCCUAUACCUUCAAGGCAGUUCUAUCCGCUUGUGAGCAAGCGGGAUUUGCAGAUGAUGCUUGUCUGUUUUUUAAUUUGAUGACCGGACAUUAUGAUAUUAAAGCAUCUGAAGAACACUAUGAUAGCAUCAUUAGCCUCCUAAACAGUGUGGGUCAACCUCAGAAGGCUGAGAACUUUGUAAAUUUGAGAUCAUUAACAUGAAGCUAUAAGAAGCUAUGUAUAUCAUUUCCUUAUUAACUGAACCCUGUUAAUGGAAAAAGCUCA